AUGGAAAUUAUCAGAGGUAGUUUAGAUGACAUUUCACGCCCUGCAUCGAGCGAGCACGCCGGGAGCCGUGUGUCGAGCGUGGCAUUGCCACACUGUGACAGGACUGGUCCGACAACUCCAUGUUCCCUUGUUGUGUUGACCAACGAUACUGCUGAUAUUCAGAGCCAGAUCAGCUCUGAAGGAGCCACAAUCAACUCAGCAGCCAGAGGUCCUGACAAAAGCCAGUGUCCCAUUGGAGUUACCGAUGAAGAGAAUGACGAUUCCAAGCUACAGGGAGCUAUUGAGGACAUGAGAAGACUUGAUGAAAUACUGUCUGCAAAGAUCUGCACGGAAAAGGAAGUUAGGCGUCGAAGGAAAGACCUUCAAGCAAAACUCUGGCAUGAGUUCCUGCAGAAUACACCUGAAGGUCACUCUGAAUGUGCCCAAGAAGCAAUGAACACAAGGUUGUUUUUGGCUCUGGAGGCCCCCACUGGGACAGAAGAGGAGGACGACUUUGUGCCUGUGUUUGAAACUCAAGUUCCGCACUGUGAGCACAACAGAGACGGACAACACCUGGAGCAAAGUCAAAAGAAGCCAGCCAGCUGGACAGGGUCUUCAGAACGAAGUCGUGAGGAUACCGAGGAAGAGCAAUUUGAAGACAGCCACUGUGGAGCUUCUAAAAGCAAGAACAAACAGAAAGACUUUGUCAAGAGAAACAUUGAGCUAGUAAGUGGUGAAGAGGAUCACAGUCGUUUGACUCAGGCAGAGAACGAGCGUCUGGCCAAGCUCCUGCAAGAAGUAGAUGAGGGGGAAGAGGGUCGUCCCAGAGGCACUGACAGCGAGGAGGACAUGUGGGCUGUGUCAGUGCCGACAGGCCUGGGUUACACCCCGGAGCCAUCGCACCUGGAGCAGCUGACGGACAUUGACUCCAAAAUUCGUCUUUUCUCGGUUCAAAGCUCAUAUACCAGCCUAAGCAUGUCGCAGGGCCGGGACUCAGAGGAUGGCUGGAAGUGUUCUGGGGACCGGCAGCCAGGAGAGAAGGUCCUGCAGGAUAUAAAGGAGAGGAGAUGGCAGGAGAGGCGGCUCCAAGAGAUCCAACAGCAGCUGGAGAUCCUGAACCAGGUCCAAGAGAUGACUAAUGGGGCCCCAGACCUGACCGAGGAGCAGUUACUUCUCCUGCUGGAUGAAUGUGAGCUGACGGACAGCGUGACCCAGGACCUUGAGACAAAUGACACAACACCAUGAGGCCCUGAGAACACCUUGAUCCAUCUGAAGCCCUGCUAUCAUAACACCUUUCAAAAUGCAUCAUCGGUGGGGUAGAGAUUACUACCCCAUCGAUUACCCCCAUUUUAUUACAAUAGAUGUUUAGGGAUUGAGACGCUUUUUUAUUUAUCUAGUCUUAUAUUCAUGCUCCACAAAGUACUGUAAAAAAAAUUGUAUUUCUAAAUUUUGGUUAUUUGGCAAGAGGUGUAAAGAGUACUAGAAUAUUGUUACUUUAAAUACAUUUUACUCAAAUAAAAUUAAAAGUACUCAAAAGUACUGUAAAAUCUCAAA